UUCCCUUAAAUGUGCGAACACGAGUGUGGCUCUCAACUCAGAAAAUUAAUCGGUUUGGGGAGCGUAAAGCCAACUCGAGCCUCUCUUUGUAGCCUUUAGCUGUUCCCUUCCCCCUUUCCCGAUUGUCCUUUUUACAGGACUGCAACUGUCCGUACAAGAUGGCGGCGCCCAGCAUGCUAACCUUUGCUCCUCAGCCAUUCCAAAAUGGCGGCGCCCGUUGUGUUCCUGCGAGAAAUGGUGGCUCCCGGCGUUAAUUGAAUGCACGCUUCUUUUGCUCGGGUGUUCUCGUCAGAAUGGCAAAUCCCGCCAUGCAAAAACUGGGAACCCAGCUGACGAAAUUUGCUUUGGUGUCUCGGAGCUUUCACAGCAGUUCUACGAACCAGGCUGGCAAGCUGUGGAGAUUGAAACACGCUUUGCCUGAGAAUGGUUCGGAUUAUGGGCCCAUGACGGACCUGCCAGAUUGGUCAUUUGCCGAUGGGCGCCCUGCCCCGCCGAUGAAAGGUUACCUCCGUCGACAGGAAAAGAACAGAGAAUUUGCACGUCGUAUAGCCAUGAUCUCCUCAGAGAUUGACCGUGGAAUGGAGAAGUGGGAGACCAACCAGAGGGAACAACGUCAACAGGCUGAGGAGAAGCGACAAAACAGACUCCUGCCGAAAGGAGGGAGCCUCCCACCACUCCCAAAAUAAAUAUUAAUAUAAAUAAAUAUUUUUGUCCUAAUUUGA